AUGUCGCAGCCGCCACUCCCCGGAAAACCAGAACCUACAUUUGAAGGUUUACCUCCUGAGAUCUGGACGCAGAUUUGCCACUCACGGUCGUCGUACGCAGACGGAGAGAGCUUCAUCCUCGACCCCAUAAGCUUUUCUAGUCUCCGGCUCACUAGUCGAAUCAUCCAUUCGAAGACCCAAGACGCAUUCUUACAGCGUCAUCUCGCUUCCUCCAAGUUCAGCCUGAUGCCAUGGAGUCUGGCGAUUCUGAAAGACCUGUCUGAAAACGAGCAUUUGUGCACAUAUGUGGAAGAGUUGGAGUUCGGCCCAGAGGUAUUAAACACGAAUCUGGAUGCGGACCUUCGAUAUAUCAAAGAGCCAUGGGAAGAGCCGUCUAUGGGAUGUCCACAUCCUCAAAGCUACAUAUACGUGGAUUCUGCCCGACCAGUAUGGCCCAUGGUCAAGCUUCCGGAGCCGCUAUGGAAAGGCCUUACUGGAAGAGGUUCAGGAUCAGCAUUAGUGGUUCGUUGGAAUGUCCGAGGUGGCUAUACCCACUGGCUUCAAAAGUACGAAGGCACGCUGAAGAGACUGGUCGAGCAUCAGAACCGCUUUAGCACAGCAGCCAAGUACGUUCGAGAUGCCAUCGGAAAGCUUACGAACUUGAAGAGUAUCAAGAUCAAUCCCCGUCCUAUAGGGGUAUAUUACGAAGAACGAUUCGCCAAGCCCAUACUACGGAGUAGAGGUACCAUGUCGCUCUAUCGCGCAGUCGGAGCACACGCCAUCGAAGUGACCACCGAUUUGGCCCCAUCUGGUUCGAAAACUCUAUUGGACUUUAGCCUCGAUGGCCUUCUCUUCAUGGAGUAUUACGCCGAGGUCAUCAUGCUGGAGAAUCUCUCGAGAAUACUGAGCACGGUUGACUUGGACAAGCUUACAGUUGACCUGACAAUCACUGCGGCGAACCUUCCAUCGAACGGCAGGAUUUAUGAUCCUGGUCAUCAAAGCUGGAGAGCCAUAGCUCUGCGGAUACGAAAUCUAACCUUCGAUUGCGCAAUGAGCGAUAUCGAUGGCAGCAAGCUGUGA